AAUAAUAAUCCUUAGCUAGUAAAUUGCUGUACUUUAAUUAUAGAAGAAAUUAUCCUUAGAAAUGCUUUGUUUUUUAUUCUUAGCAAAAGACAAUUAUAUUAUAGUACCUAGUCCUGAGCUGGCACACACCAUUCUAAUGUCACAGUGAUUUCAGUGGAGUUUCUCCAUGUAGUUCCAUGUAAUUGGAAUGUAAUUCCAAGAUGAAUCUGUGUGCAGAGAGUCCAUCUCAUAGCUCUAAAUGAACAUGUGAAAUAAAAUGUAGCCUAAUCGAGUGUGUGUGUGAUGGCUGUCAGGUACAUAGAACAGCUGCAGGGGGAGCUCAAGGCUCAGAACACCAUAAUCAAUCAGCUGAGGAACAGGAGCACCAAUCAGAGCAGUGGACACCAGCCUGGCCACGCCCACAACUCCACACUCACCACCCUGAAAGAGGAUGACAUACGUGAUCUGAAGAACUUGUUGGAGUUGAAAGACUCUGAGCUGCAUGAGACCAAAAUCAAACAUGAGGCCAGUAAAAACGACCUCCAACAGGCCCUGAAGGACAAAGAGAAACAGAUUCAGGGGCUGCAUGACAUUCUGGAAGGUCACAUCCAGGAUCUAGCUGAGAAAGAUGCUGCGCUAGCAGAGACCACAUCAGAGCUGAAUAAUCUGGAAUCUGAUGUGGGCAAACUCAUUCUACAGCUUGAGAACAGAAAGCAGCAGCUCCAGCUCAUGUCUGGGCAGCUACAGGAGAGUGUGAGAGAAAGUCAGCUCCUGAAACAACGCCUGAGAUACACAGAGGCCUUCACACAUCCUACAUACCAGAUCCAAGUGGAGCAGCAUAUGUUGGAGAUUCAUGAACUGAAACCAACACUGCUGGAGACUAUCAGGAGGACCCAGGACCUGUACAGACAUCUGCAGGCCGCUGAGCGAGCUUCAGUAAAGAAGGACCAUUCUGGGAGGAACAGUGGCAGUGUGUGCAAGAGCAGCUUCAGAUCAGUGAUCAAAGCGUUGAUCUGCUGCUCAGAUCCUGCCCAGCCCUGCCUCUCCUCCAGGGCCCAUGUUCAUGGCCUCCACGUCCUGGUUCCACGUGAGAACUAUGACACGCUGCUGGAACAGAUGUGUGAGGGGAGGGGUCUGAUCAGUCGCGCGAGUGAACUGAUCCAGCAACGCCUGCAGACCCACGGCCGACAUCACAUGCAGCCAGUGGACCAGAACCUGCUCAGAAGCCUCUUAUACAUCAUCAAUGUCACUCAGACAACUCUAGAAGAGGCCAGUAAACUGUUGACAUCUUUAUCAGAUGUCUCUAAAGAACAGAACCACGACAGAUUCUGCCAUCAUGAAAACCUCAAAAUGCAGAACAAGCUGAAGAAACCAAAACUAGAGAAAUCAUAUAAGAUGAAUAAGAUGCUUUCAAAGGCUGUCAAAACACUACGGCGAUUCAAACGUUGAGCAACACUGACAUUAAAAUGAUCUCCUGUGAUUAUUUUCUCUGUGAUGGUCAUAUUCCACCCCUCUAUCAUCCAUCAGUCUGUGCACCAUCAUACAUUCACUCUUUCAUUGUUGUUGUUUUUAGUAAUUAAAAUAAAAUAAGUGUUGAAAUAAAACUACAUUCUGAGUAUAGAUUUUUUUCAAACUUAUUGA